CUUACUGGCUUGGUGUCCAAGGCAAGCCAACUCCAACAAGUCCACUGUACAAUAGAGAUCAAGGCAACAACUCACCAACCAACCACGCCAGCCCAAGCUUGUCCCAUGAACUCCUUGACUUGAUUACAAGGCGUUAGAUAGUUGUAUUUGUCCGCGAACAUCCGUCGAAAUACAUCGGCUCGGUUCUGAUUUAAUCUCCUUGUAGCAACUUAGGCUAUCAUUCGCUCGCAAAAUGCAGUCCAACCAGAGGUCGGAUCGCAGGCAAGACCGGAAUUCGAAGGCAGAGAAACCGUCGGGAACAGCAGUGGACGGCGGUUGGGCGUGGCUUGUGUGCUUGGGCGCCCACCUGGGUCAAAUGGUAACCGUGGGUUAUUUCACUUCUCUUGGCGUCCUGUACAUCGAGUGGAAGGAGCACUUCGACACCUCGGCAACAGCUAGCAGCUGGCUUCUCAGUCUACCCUGGUUGACUGUUUCAGUACUUAGUCUCAUCAUCGGUGCUCUAGCCCAACGUCUUGGUGUCCGUAGACUGGCCAUGGUCGGUGGCGCGUUGAUAGGACUUGCUACCAUUCUUGGAUCGUUCGCCACUGAUAUAUGGCAGCUGUACCUCUGUGGCGUGUUAUCAGGUACAGCAGCGUCGCUGUUAUUACCGACAGGUAUCAUUAUGAUCACACAGUACUUCAAGAAACGCUACGCCUUGGCCAUUGGUCUAAAUUUUCUCGGUGGCACCGUGGGCCAGAUGGUUUUCCCUCCGUUGAUUCGCUUGCUGAUCGCUAAUUACGGGUGGAGAGGUGCCAUGUUUAUCCUUGGAGCCAUUAAAAUGAAUUCAGCCGUCGGGAGUGCGCUUUUUCGACCCAAAGUAAAGACUGAGCCUGUCAGUGAUUCGCGACGGCAAACCAGCCUUGAGAUGGAGGUUAUGCAGGGUGGGGAAAGCACAGAAUCGGAAAACCGGAAUGGUUCUCAGGAAAAAUGGGCUUUUCUCAAAGUCUUCACUCGUGUCCCGUUCGUGCUCUGCCUUGCCGCAGUCUUCUUUUAUGCCUUGGGGUGGGUGACUCAUCUGUCGCAUCUCCCAUCGCGGGCCAAGGAAGCUGGGUCGACCGAAGACCAAGGCGCCUUACUACUGACGAUCUUCGCCGUCGUCUCCAUGACCACGAGGACGGCACACGGCUGGUUCGUAGACAAAGGGUACAUCGGCAGCUUUCAGCUCCAGUUCGGAUGCCUGGCAGGAGCUGCUCUGGCGACUUCCCUUAAUCCGGUAUCAGACAGUUACGGCUUCCUGGUUAGUUGUGCAGUUCUGCUGGGUGCUUGCCUGGGUAUAGCAUCUCCUUUAAUGAACGUCAUCUUGAAGACAUUGGUCACUGAAGCAGAGAUCCCGUCAGCUAUGAGCUGGUUCGUGGCAGUGUUCGCUGUCGCCAAUGGAACCGGCUCGGUGGUCGCAGGUAAAAUCUAUGACAUAACUGGAGGGUACACGGUAACCUAUCUGACAGGCGGCGGCUUCUUCGUAGCAUCACUGUCAUUGCUGGUGCUUGUCUCCAUCCUCAAGAGACGCAAAAAGCGCAGAGCCAACUACACAAGAAGAACCCGAAAUGCAGGGCCGGGCUACAGGCCCAACUACCUCCUCUAUCGACGAGAAUGACGUCACUGGACUAGAUGAAAGGCCGUCGCCAUUUAACAUUUAGUUACAUGGCACGCGUGUAGGGAGUGUCUUUCUCUCAAGAGGGAUGUUCCUUCUCCGGACGGGUGGACAGAAUAUCCUGGUUUACCAUUCUGUCAUUAAAAUUGUUUAUCUCUGGAGGUAUUGUACCCAUCUAGGAGAUCGUAUCCCUUGUCUCAAUGAAUAUUUUUUCCCCAUGAUGCUCUGCCCCUAUGUUGAAACUAAAAAGGAUUCAUUCAUAACGAGCAGUGUGUAUUCUGUUAUACACAAUUGGUUUGUACGCGUAUGGGACAAUGAGCUUUGGCGUACCUAGGUUUUGUUUUGGGGGAGGGUGGAUCGUGCGAGGAGGGAUCAGGGGAGGGGAGGGGGAAAUUUGGCCACCCCCCCAUGACUCCACCUCAUUUCCCUUUCCUUUGGAUCCACCCUUUGGGCUCAGUUUUAAAAAGACGAAAAGCAUAAAGACGAACCAUGUUGGCGCCAAAGCCUGCCCGAGGUACCGUAGAAGCUCCUCCUCUAUUGUACCCGUCUGCUUUGCCUGAUCACUGUACCUCCUUUUCCUUGGUACUUUGUCCUUGGUGGGAACCAGCUGUAUCUUUGCAUUUGUUUAUAGCGUUAAAGACUGUGGUAUUUUUAUUAAGUGUUUUCCAAAAUCUAAAUUACUAACAGUAGCUUCGUAAAAUCUCUUAAGGAAUUAUUUGAGUUCUUUAAAUUUACCGUACAAAGAUCGAUAGGCGACUACAUGCACACAAUUACGUGCCUUGAGUAGUGACCCUGAACACAUGUGUAGGUUGCUAUAAUGAAUAAUUAUCACCCUGGAGUAUGAACCAGUCGUACAAUUUGCAUAAAAUUCGUUGGUGAUUCUCAUAAUGUUGUGUACAUAUCUGAAAACAAAUUCUUCAGUUAAUUGGAUGGUCUGUCAUCCGCAAGCUGGGGACAAGGCAUCAAGCGUCCCUACGCCAAUACACUUAGGCGAUACGUGUCAAUUGCGUGUCGAGAACAAAAUCAGAGCGACAUUCUUGUAGUACCGAGUCUAAACAUUAUACGGGCACUGGGAACUAUGCUCCGCCCAGCCUGUCUACGUCAACAAGUCACGCCUCAUCCACAACCUUACUCUCUGACGAGAAUUCAAAAGCAGGAUUGCCACACGAGAAAUUUCUCCUACUUGAAGUGCUUUCGCUCCAGAACUCGGCUGUCACAUGCCUGUUCGUCUUGUAACUUGGCAUGUAUGUAAAGACACAGUUAUCAGUUUCAAAUAAUUACAAUUCAAUGUGACUCCGGGUUUUCUAAGUUACUUCUGUCACGCAAUGAACUGUAAAUUCUAUCAAACGAGUCAUUACGUGUUGGAUACCCAAGGGAUCUGUGCUAGGCCCUUUAUUCUUGCUUUGUCUUAUUCAUCAUUUGUCUGUCCUAUAUUUCAUCGUUGUCGUCUGUCUAUACGUUGGGGUACAACAGCCUUCCUGCUUAAUCUUAAACUUAAAUGUUGUCAUGUAAUUUAUCAAAUGUAUAAUCCUGUUUUACGUAAAGUUAUUCAGUCAAUUUAAUGGCCAGAUAUAUUCAGUACUUAAGUAAUGCGAACGUGUUUGGGUUACAUUGUAAAGAAUAACAGCAUUGAAAUAAACAAUGCAUCAUCGUCAUCAUCUAACUGGUCAACGGAAAAUGAAUACAUUAAUUAGGCUGUCCAGUCUCGGGGAAAUGUCCGUUGCAAGAAGAACGGCAUGUCCCAAUUUUCAACAAAAUUGGUGGUA